CCCCGCCUUUGUUAUGGUGCGAAGUUGGGCUGUGGGUCCGUCUCUUUCACUUCUUGGGUUACAGUGCAGCCGUGUGACGUCCGCUCCACAUGACGGGGGCGGGGGGCGGGCGCCGGGGGGCGGGGGCGGCGGGCCAGGCCCUCCCCGUGCUUCUCCGCCCCUUCCCGCCCCGCCCACGGCCCUCCUCCUGGCAGCCCAGCAACAAGCGGCCACCGGCCCCACCCCGGGGCGGGCAGAAGCGCAGCAACCCCGCGAUGCUCCCGGAAGACACCGCGUCUCCAACAUUUACACGGAGAUGGUGCUCGGCUCAGGUCGGGUCCGUACGCUUCCCGAGGUGCGUACUACGAGAGCCACACACAUCACUACCGAUAUUCCUGGGAAAGUCAGUGCCACAGUUCCGACCUGAAUCCGAAAGUGCUUCUAAAUCCCAUGCUUCACAGAACGUUCGGAAGGGGAGGCGCUCCGUGGGGGCUGCUGCGUGCCCAUGUAGCUGAACCGACUCGAAUAAAAGCGUGUCCACGUCUACAUCACACAUCUGUGUAAAUGCAGAAGCCUGCGGAUGCGCGGAGCUGGCCAGACUUCACAGUGUGCAGACACAUGGGCUCAUGCACGCGCGCGCGCUCACACACACUCACACCCCAAAUUACCUCCGGGAUGGAGAAAGCCGCUGCGGAUUGGCCAACAGAGCCGUCACUCAUGCCCAGGGGGCAGGGAGACUUCGCAAAGCUGUUUCCUUUUUUUUUUUUCUCUCUCUGCUCUCCUCCCUACCGUUUCAUUUAAUGGUAAAACAACAGCAGAGCUCUGAAAGUUAGCCAUCUGCGCGGAGUUUGCCUUCUUUAAGGAGGGAGGCGUCAGACGAUAUCCAUUUAAAUAUAUUUUGUACUUCCACAAAGGAUGGAAAGGGAAAUUAACGAAGGGAGUGGAGGCGGAAAGGGAGCUCCGAGUAAGAAGGAGGGGUCAUCCCGCGGGGGGGGGAGGGGGCGGGGGCCGAGGGCCAACGCUGGGGAAAGAGUUGUUCUCUACACCGAAAAGGGACUUUGACCUUCCAUUGAUCUCUCAAAAUUAAAAAACGUUUCUUCACAGGUCAGAUUGCAACAAACGCUCGUUCCUAAUUUAUGAACUCGUCCUUUUGAUUUUAUUAUUUAAGCAUGCGCCAGCAAUCGUGUUUCCUUAAGAAAGAACUGACCUAUUUUUGGCUGGAGAUAAACGAUCAUGUUAACAGAUGUUAAUCUUGUAAUCUGUUUUUCCUGUAAGCACUUUACCUACCCGGGUUUCAGACCUUAAAAAUAACAUCUUUUCCAAAAAGACCUGACGUCACAAUUCACUCCCUGAAAAAUCACACUCCCCCUCCGGUUUCUUCCCCUGCAAUGAUUUCAAAGACAUUAAAUCUUUUCCACUUUAUAAAUGCUGAUCUGUUCUGCCUCUACUCCCACAGGCUCUUAUUUGCAUUUCAAAUUCCACAGGUUACACCAGUCGCCUUUUCAAAAAAUGUAAACCAACAAUGAAGCAGCAAAUGGCUUUUUGUGCAUCUGGAUUAAAUAAAGCACAGAAUGAAUAUAUUUGAAAA